GCGCGCGCCGAUCCGAGCGGAGAGCGAAGACGCCGGGAUGGACGCUGCCCGGGAGGGUGGCAAGGGCGAGGCUCCCUGGAAGAAGAUGUCUGAGACGGAGUUGGAGAAGCAGUACAGCCCCAGCAGAUGGGUUGUCCGACUGGGAGCAGAGGAAGUCAUGAGGACUUAUUCGAUGAUUGGAAACGAGGCCACCAAGAGGGCCCGGGCCACCAGGAGGAGCCUGCUGGAUGUCCCCUAUGGAGACGGGGACGGGGACAAGCUGGACAUCUACUUCCCCGACGCAGUGUCUGAAGCCCUGCCUCUCCUCGUGUUCGUUUACGGAGGGUACUGGCAGAGUGGAAGCAAAGACGAAUCAGCCUACAUGGUGGGCCCGCUGACAGCUCAGGGAGUAGCCGUGGUGAUAGUGGCUUAUGACACUGCCCCCAAAGGUACCCUGGACCACAUGGUAGACCAGGUAACCCGGAGCAUCUUGUUUCUCCAGAAGCAGUAUCCACGCAAUGAGGGGAUUUACCUUUGCGGACACUCAGCUGGGGCCCACCUGGCUGCCAUGAUGCUCCUGGUUAACUGGACCAAGCAGGGAGUCGUACCCAACUUCAAAGGCUUUUUCCUGGUGAGUGGGGUCUAUGACCUGGAGCCCAUUGUGUACACCACUGUGAACAACCCUCUUCACAUGACCCUGGAGGAUGCUCGGAGGAACAGCCCACAGUGGCGCCUGGAGGUGACCCCCACACAGCCCAUGGACCCAGCCUGCCACGUGCUGGUGAUUGUGGGCCAACAUGACAGCCCCGAAUUCCACCGACAGGCCUGGGAUUUUUAUCAGACGCUGAGCAGAGGACGGUGGGAAGCCUCCUUCAGAGAGCUCCCCGACGUGGAUCACUUUGAGAUCAUUUGGAAACUAACCCAGGAGGACUAUGCGCUCACCCAGAUUCUUUUGAAAACGAUCUUCCAGGAGUCCAAGGGCCCCUGA